UCCCUCUCCUUUCAUCACUCCACUGCUAAAUACUCUGCUGCCUAAGUAUUGAAACAGACAGAAACAGAUGGAACCCUCAUUUUCUAAACAUUUCUUUACAUCUUCUCUCAUAGUACUACUCUUCACUACUUGUAGCAUAUUCUGCUCAAUCUCAGCAGCUAGAGACCUUGCCCCGAAAACCAAUACCGAGUUCAUUAAAACAUCUUGUGGUGCAACAACCUAUCCAAAACUCUGCCUUGCCUCUCUCUCAAGCCAAGCAAGUGUCAUCCAAACAAGUCCUAAACUUAUUGCUUGUGCAGCCCUUAAUGUGACACUUUCGUCUGCUAAAUCAACCUCCACUAUGAUGUUAAGGCUCUCCCACGGCCAUGGCAUGAAGCCUAGAGAAGUUGCUGCCAUGAGGGACUGCGUCGAACUGUUGAGUGACUCGGUGGACGAGCUUCAGAGGUCUAUUUCGAAGAUGGUUAACUUUAGGAGUUCUGGGUUUGAGCUUAUGAUAAGUGAUGUUCAAACUUGGGUUAGUGCUGCCUUGACGGAUGAGGGCACCUGCUCGGAUGGGUUUGCUGGAAAUGGAUUGAAUGGGAAUUUGAAGACUGUUGUGAGGGGUCGGAUUGUGAACAUUGCACAAUUGACUAGCAAUGCCUUGGCUUUGAUUAACAGAUACGCCUCGGUUCAUAGUUGAAUAAUAUAGUUUUGAUGGAAGAUGUUAAAUUCUAUGUGAUUUAGAUGUGAUUGCCGUUGUAUGCGUUCAAAUAUAUAAGCUGAAACCCCUAGACUAAACAAGUUCCCACCAAGGAUUCUAUGUGA